AACAAUUUCAAAUUAAUACCUCCAUACCUAAUAGUCAAAGAUAGCUGAUCCAAUAUGGCAGACGGUGUCCUUAUAUUGUGCGGCGUGUUGGUCAUACUACUUUUACUUUACUACUAUUUCACUUCCCUCCACAAUUUCUGGAAAAAUCGUGGUAUACCUGGACCACGGCCCUCGCUCAUCUUUGGCAACCUUCGACCAUCGACAUUCGGACAAGUGUCCCUGGGCGAUCUUAUACGACAAAUGUACAAUGAGUACAAACACGUGCCAGCGUUUGGAAUUUUCGCAGGGAAUACACCAAUUUUAGUUAUUAACGAUUUGGACAUGAUUAAAGAUGUCCUGAUUAGGGAUUUCUCACUCUUCGCUGAUCGAGGUUUGCCAAUGUUUCCCAAGGUGGAACCUUUGAGCGAACAUCUAUUCAAUUUAGAACCGGAAAGAUGGCGGCCAUUGAGGGCAAGACUGUCGCCAGUAUUCACAUCUGGCAAGCUCAAAGAGAUGUUGCCCCUCGUAGUAGAAUGCGGGCAGCAUUUGGAAAAGUAUUUAGAUAAAGUGGUGUCAAAAGGUGAGCCUAUCGAAUGUCGCGAGAUAGCUGCAAAAUUCACUACCGAUGUAAUCGGUAGCUGCGCUUUUGGAAUUGACAUGAAUGCACUCUCCGACGAGGACAGCGAAUUUCGUGUCAUGGGCAGAAUGAUGUUCGCCCCUUCUGCUAAACAACUUAUAAAUGGCAUUUGCAGACAAUUUUUUCCUAGUUUGUAUAAUGUACUGGGUCACUUACUUCAACUGAAUUACAUUACGGACUUCUUUAUGAAUGUGGUCGUGGACACGAUGAAUUACAGAGAAAAUAAUAAUAUAAUUAGGCCUGAUUUCAUCAACAUGCUUAUGGAACUGAAAAAGAACCCGCAUAACUUGGAAAACGUUGAACUGACAGAUUCGUUACUCGCUUCGCAGGCGUUCGUCUUCUUCCUAGCUGGUUUCGAAACUUCCUCGUCCACGAUAAGUCAUUCACUUUACGAAUUAGCAAUAAACAUUGACAUGCAGGAUAAGUUACGGAAAGAAAUCAGGGAGAACUACGCACAACAUGGCGAAACUUUAACGUACGAACGGGUGAAACAGAUGAAGUACUUGGAUUUAGUAUUCAGAGAGACUCUGAGGAAAUAUCCAAUCGUGCCAAUUUUGAUGAGAAAAGUAUGUACAAAUUACACUUUUAAAGGAACAAAUAUUACUAUCCCGAAGGAUAUGAACAUAUGGAUACCAGUGUAUGGAAUUCAUCGGGAUUCUGAUAUUUACUCGAAACCUGAAGUGUUUGAUCCUGAAAGGUUCACCGAAGACGCCGUUUCGGCCAGACAUCCUAUGAGUUACUUACCCUUUGGUGAUGGACCAAGAAAUUGUAUUGGUGCCCGUUUCGCAGUUUACCAGAGCAAGGUUGGAGUUAUCUCGAUUCUUCGUAACUACAGAGUCGACGUUUGUGAAAAAACAACGAUUCCAUAUGAGUCUGACAGCCGAUCGUUCCUGUUAGCACUGAAAGGAGGAGUAGUAUUAAAAAUAACGAAAGUAGAAUAG